GUGCUGCUUCGCGCUGUUAGUCUUCAUCGCGAGGUAGCACAACAAACAACGACCAGCCGCCGCGCCGUUGUCGUUGCGUCGUCGUAAAAGUAAGGGACGUGGGGGCACCUCGCUCAAGAUUCGCGCACUGACUGUUUGCAAACCUUCGUCGUACCUCCCCUUCCUAGGCUGGAGGGAACUACCGGCGCGGUUUUUAUCAGUGAUUCCCGAUUUCCUAUCCACCGACAGGCAGUGGGGUGUGCGGGGACGUGGUGAGCACAUAUUUGAACAAUCGAGUGCAGCUCGGGCGCGCGCUUCCAACAUGAAGCCAAAAAUACGUAUCUACCAGCAGCGACGACGCACCAUCGCCAGGCGGUAAAAUUGAAGCUGAGACAGAAGUAGAUUUGUCUCAUCAAAACGGGAUUUCGAUUUUUACCAUAUAAAAUGAGCCGCGCGAGCCAGCGAUAGGCAAAGUGUAGCCAUUCUUCGGCUAAUCCGGGUUCCUUCCCUAAGGUAGUGAAGUUGUGAAGCUUUAACGUGAGUAGUUACCCAGUAGUUACAGUGGCUGAGUGUGGCAAUCCAGGAAGCUGAGAGCGUGUUCAACAUUAAAGAUUUCGCCCAAAUUGACCAGACUUAAACAAAAGAUUUACAUAGUCAUUGGCUUCGAUCAACGUUGUUCGUCCAAUCUAUGUCUGACCGCUGCUAGUUAUCAACGACUCCCCACAAUCGAUUACUCUUAUCAAGGAGAUUACGAAAGUUGCUUUCGGAUGCCUCCGAAGGUAUUAGUCCGUCAUCUUCUCGAUCUGGAGGUAACAACCUAAUCAAGCGUGUGACUUCAACUGCCACAGCACACCCCCCGUAGAACCGUUAGAACGUUGUCACCGAGUCCGACCGACCGACGAGCCCGGAACUGGCGCUUCUCCCGAUCAGCUACAGUUAAGAACGUAGCACUGCAGUAGACAAACUGUAUCCAACGGACCAGUCGCACAGCUGACCAGUCAAGUACAAGUUCUGAGAGAGCACAAGGGUAAAAGCGUGAGUGCCAUUCGAUUGUGCAUUAGUUGUCGAUCAUCAUCGGCAACGUUAACACAUCCUCACGGGUGGCGGCACCACUACAGUGGAUCUCGUCGCUGCUGAGCCGGCUGUUAAAGGGCACGUACACACCGCACUUGAUCAAGAACCGCGUAGAGCACUGUAGUAGCAGCGGUCAGUCGUCGUCAUUCAUCAUCAUCGACUGUCGCUCUUAUCGGAAAAGGUUCGGUCAUCCAUUCUACACUACACUGAUACCAUACCCAUAUCACAUCGUGGUCGAUUCGGAUCAUUUGCCGCAGCUUCAAACCUCGGCUGACAGGGCCCGGUCAAUCAGUGAUUGGUCACGCGUUCGACCGUAAACUUCUCAGAGACGCGUGAUCCAACAACGACGACGACAACAACGACGACGUGACUUCGACAACAACGCCCAGAGCUGCAGCUGCAACGACGGCGGUUAGUGAAGACGUGUUUCCGAGAAGAGACUAGUAGGUAUUGUGCAAGUGAUCGUGUUCUAAUCUGUGGAAGAAAGCCAGAGCAAUUAAGGGUGCUCUACAGAAGUGUGGCGUUGUUGACAAAUCCGCGCGAUCGGCAGUGAGGUCGAUCGAAAACAAAAGUGUGAUAAACUAGUCUGUUACACAGUUGACGAGAUUCGUGUGUGUUUUUGCGAAACUUGGUUUCUACGGUACGAGCUAAGGCCGUUAGGUUCAAACGUGUGUGCGGGUUGGUUUAUUAAUUGAAGAGGAUCCUCCGAAGAUAGCAUGCUGAAUCAGAAGGGUGGUGGAGUUGGCAGUGGCGGCGCUUCGGACGGAAGCAAUGGCAAGAUGAAACCCCAGUACAACGAGCUGUCCUAUCUGGUGACGAGACAGUGCCUGCAGCAGGAGGAGUUCAACCAGCUAUCGCAGUACGAUAGAGUGAAAGGCACACCGCUCGAUGCCAUCAAAGAUGCCUUUCGUGGUUGCAACCCGUUUUCCUCUCUGCUCGGUUUCAUUCCAAUCCUGCAAUGGUUACCGAAAUACCACUGCAAAACCGAUCUCUUGGGAGACAUCACUGCCGGUAUUACCGUAGCGGUAAUGCAAAUACCUCAGGGAAUGGCCUACGGCCUAUUGGCCGGAGUGCCAGCCAACGUUGGCCUCUACAUGGCCUUCUUCCAGUGCUUGGUGUACGCGGUGUUCGGGACAUCGCGGCACAUCUCGAUGGGAACCUUUGCCGUUGUCAGUCUGAUGACGGCCAAAGUGGUUACCACGUAUGCAGUACUGCCUCCGCUGGGGUCCGCCAAGUGGAACGAAACUUUUGGUGUACCUCCUGUGAUAGAACCCUCCGAUGAUCCCCAGUACACUCCGAUCCAGGUGGCAACUGCCGUUGCCUUCGUGUGCGGGAUCUACCAUUUCCUGAUGAGCGCGUUACGACUGGGAACGCUCUCAUCGUUACUCAGUGAACCGCUGGUCAGCGGUUUCACGACGGCAGCCGCCGUCCACGUCCUCAUCAGUCAGCUGAAAGAUCUACUGGGGGUCUCAAUACCCCGCUACAAGGGUGCCUUCAAGAACAUCUUCUCGGUGCGGGACAUAGUCGAACAGGUGCCGAAUAGUAAUCUCACGGCCGUCUACACGUCGGCCAUUGUGAUAUUGUUUAUGAUCUUCAUGAACGAGUACCUGAAGCCGCGGGCGUCCAACUGGUGCCGGUUUCCGAUUCCGGCCGAGUUGCUGGUGGUUGUCGGUGGAACCGUGGCUUCGUACUUCAUCGGGCUGGGACCGAACUUCAACGUGACUCUGGUCGGAACCAUUCCAGUGGGUCUCCCGGCACCGGAAAUGCCUCCCCUCGCGCUGCUCCAAGUGGUCGCCGUGGAUGCCAUCGCCAUUGCCAUCGUCAGCUACUCGAUCGUCAUGUCCAUGGGACUGAUCUUCGCCCAGAAGGAAGGCUACGAAGUCCGAGCCAACCAGGAACUGAUUGCCAUGGGUGCUACCAACAUCGUGGGCUCGUUCUUCUCGUGCAUUCCGACGGCGUGUUCGCUGUCUCGGUCAUUGAUUCAGCAUCAAGCUGGUGGUAAGACUCAGAUCACUGCGGUGGUAUCUUCACUGCUGAUCUUGGUGGUGCUGCUGUGGAUUGGACCGUACUUUGAAUCGCUGCCGCGAUGUGUACUGGCGUCGAUCAUUUUUGUUGCUCUCAAGGGGAUGCUGUGGCAAGUGCAGCAUAUCAAGAAGUUCCAGAGGGAGGGAUCGCUGGAGCUGUUGGUAUGGUUGAUCACGUUUUUAAGUGUGGUGAUCAUCGACAUCGAUAUUGGGCUGUUGAUCGGAGUAGUGUUUUCAUUGGUGGCAUUGUACAUCAAGGGUUGGAAGUCGUACUACAGCUUGUUGGGAACGGUUCCGGACACGGGUAUCUACGUAGAUCUGGGAAGCCAUCAACGCGCGGAGGAGGUACCGCACAUCAAGAUCUUCAAGUAUUCCGGAGCGGUAAAUUUCGCUAGUCGGGCUAGCUUCAAGAAGGCACUGACCAAGGAAGUUGGAGUCGAUCAGCGGUUGAUCAGACGAGCUUCCCAGUACGAUGCGGCUGGAGAGGGCGCUGGGCUGCAGAUCAUCAAGACGGUGAUCAUUGAUCUAUCCAGUGUACCCCAUAUCGAUACCUCCGCUUGCAAGAUGUUCAGCGAAGUUAAGAAAGAUAUGGGGACGGUCGGGGUCAGCACGUUGAUAGCCUGUCCAGCAGAUUGCGUGUACGACACAUUGAUGCAUGCGGAAUCGAUCGGUGAGGGAGGAUUCCACAUAUUUCCAACGAUACACGAUGCCGUGUUGUAUGCGCAAGGAUCGGCGUCUACGGUAUGAGACGGCUUGGAUCCAGAUUAUUGCGCAGACGAGGAUGUGAUUGUGCCAAAGAAUGUAGAUGUUUUGAUGCCUAGCAUAACUGCACGAACGUGAUGCACGUAGUGGCAGGAGUAUGUCAUUUAGCAUAAGAGUCGUACCUCCUUUUCAAGUUGGCUGUUCUUCUUGAUGAAGCAGGCGACAUUAUGACAAAUGCGGUACCCCGAUGGUGUCAGGUAUUAGUGAGUGCAGCAAGUCAGUUGUAAUAAGUAGAUACUAUAUAGUAGCAUACACCGAAUAUUAUGUGCCUUUUGCAACGUGUCACCCUUGAAUUAGACGAUAGGGUAGACACACCUAGACAAACUUAAUAGCAGAAAAUAUUAAUGGAUAGCAUAGUACUUAAGAAUUGUAAUUGAUAAAACUUUGUGGAGGAAAGAACCAAUUCAUAAAAGAGCCAGACUCUAGAAGUAUAUCUCACAAAAUGAACUGUAUAUCUCGUUUAGAUAAAAAUGAAGCCAUAGAGUUAGGAUAGUUUUGUUUUCAAUUUCCGUCUUUAUUUUACAUUCGUUUUAGGCCGAACAGUUUUCUCAGUUUUCCUCAAGAACCCCUGAAUGCUACAUACCAGCCAGAACCUCUACCCAACACAACUACUCACCACCAGAAACCGUCUCUGUAUCGUACGUAUCUCUGACAAUAUUUAUUGUGAAUAAAUUGUUACUUAUUUGUA